GUGUGUGUGUGUGUGUGUGUCUGUGUGCGUCCUGUGUGUGUGUGUUGUUCUGUGUGCGUCCUGUGUGUGUGUCUGUGUCUCCUGUGUGUGUCCCCUCUCUGUGUGUGUCCUCCCUGUGUGUGUCUCUGCCGUCUCUUCGUGGUGUCCUGGAUGUUUCUCCUGGAUGUUUCUCCCGGAUGUUUCUUUUGGAUGUUUCUCCUGGAUGUUUCUCCCGGAUGUUUCUCCCGGAUGUUUCUCCUGGAUGUUUCUCCUGGAUGUUUCUCCCGGAUGUUUCUUUUGGAUGUUUCUCCUGGAUGUUUCUCCCGGAUGUUUCUCCCGGAUGUUUCUCCUGGAUGUUUCUCCCGGAUGUUUCUUUUGGAUGUUUCUCCUGGAUGUUUCUCCUGGAUGUUUCUCCUGGAUGUUUCUCCUGGAUGUUUCUCCUGGAUGUUUCUCCUGGAUGUUUCUCCUGGAUGUUUCUCCCGGAUGUCGUGGAGCCUGUAGUUUGUGGAGAGAAUGGGAUCAGCAGAUGCUUCAGGACGGAGUCUGAAGGGUCUGACCCGGAUCUGACCCGGAUCUGACCUCACCUGACCUCACCUGACCUCAGCCUUUUCAGCAGACAGAGCUCGGAGAUCUUCAUAUGACGGACUUCAGACUGGACUCUUUCACAGACUGAACAAAAUGAAGCUUUAAGGCUCCUUCAUCACCGUCCAUCUGUGCUCCUCCUCCUCCUCCACCCCUCACCAUGAACCACACCCCCAGCCCGCACCUGUCGGAUGGCCCCGGCCCGCACCUGUCCGACAAGUCCGCGGGGGGCGGCCUCCUCUGCGCCCUGGGCCUCUCCGGAGGAGGAGACCGGGGGAUCCGCUCUCCGGACAGUCUGACCCACACCCCCAGUCCCACGGCGGGCGGCACUCCCAGCUCCAGCCCCCCUCUGCUGCUGUCCCCCGGCGGACUCAGCUCUCUGGGACUGUCCUGUCUGGGGGACGGGGCGGGAGGAGACUGGGAGAGCAGGGAGGAGCUGAGGAUGAGGGAGCUGGAGGAGGCGCGAGCCAGAGCUGCUCAGAUGGAGAAGACCAUGAGGUGGUGGUCAGACUGUACGGCCAACUGGAGGGAGAAGUGGAGCAAGGUCAGAGCCGAGCGUAACCGCGCCCGUGACGAGGUGCGUCAGCUGAGGCAGAGGCUGGACACUUUGACCAAAGAGCUGACGGGCGUCCGCAGAGAGAGACAGGAACUGACCACGGAGAACGAGACCCUCAGACAGGAAGUGCUGCGUCUCCACGGCGACCCCGCGGCCACGCCCCCAAACGGAACGUCCACUUCCUGUUCCCCGACGCACGCCUCUGCCGCUCGCGCCUGUCACCCCCACGCCGAAGGGGGCGCCCCGGGGUCACCGGAGCCUGAGCCGGUGCGAGACGUGGACCUGGAGAAGCAGAAGAAGCUGCAGCAGAAGGACAUGGAGCUGCUGGAGUCGGUGUUACGCUCCGCUCCUCCAGGGGGCGACACUCAGGACACGUGGGACAAAUCGAACUCGACGCGUCCACAGACGAACAGAGAGAGAAGCAGACAACUCUGGAACGAACUGAGCUCCACAGAAGAAGAUCAGAGUAAAGUCAACGCUCUACAACUACGACUGGACGAGUCUCAGAAGGUCCUGCUGAAGGAACGAGAGGACAAACUGAGUCUGAGUAAAAACAUCGAGCGACUGGAGGCGGAGCUCAGCCAAUGGAAACUGAAACAUGAAGAACUGAGCAAAAGUAAACAGGAAGCACUGAAACAGCUGAGUCUGUUGAAGGAAAUGCAUCAGGAUGAAUUGGGUCGAAUGUCUGAGGAUCUGGAGGACGAGCUGGGAGCGCGAUCCAGUAUGGACCGGAAACUGGCCGAGCUGCGAGCAGAGAUGGAGCGUCUUCAGGCGGAGAACGCGGCGGAGUGGGGACGCCGCGAGCGUUUGGAGACGGAGAAACUGGCUCUGGAGCGAGACAAUAAGAAACUCCGAGCUCAGACCGAAGACCUGGAGGAGCAGAUGGCGAAGAAACGACGACAAGCGGCGUCCGCCCUCGACUCGGACCUCAGGGCCGUCCAGACAGAGCUGUUUGAGAGGAACAAGGAGCUCGCAGACCUGAGGCACGUUCACGCGAAGCUAAAGAAGCAGUACCAGGAGAAGACGGCAGAGCUGGCUCACGCAAACAGACGAGUGGAGAGCCACGAGGCGGAGGUGAAGAAGCUCCGGCUCAGGGUGGAGGAGCUGAAGAAGGAGCUGGGACAGGCGGAGGACGAGUUGGACGAGGCUCAUAAUCAGUCCCGGAGGCUGCAGAGAUCUUUGGACGAACAGGUGGAGCAGACGGAGAAUCUACAGGUGCAGCUGGAACAUCUACAGUCCAGACUGAGGCGUCAGACUCAAACUCCGGGACUUUUUGGCAAAAUCCGACGUUUUGGCUCCGAAAAUCCCGACGGUCCGUCCAGCGACUUGGACGAAGAGGAGGAGGAGCUACAGCUGCAAACGCCGUGACGUUUAAACGCGGCGGCGAUAAACGACUGAACACGACACGAUGUCACUCCAGCGCCGGAGGAUUCAGACUGGAAAACUCCUGGUGACUGGGUUUAAAUGAACAUGAGACUGAAUUUUUCCUGUUGGACUUUUAGACAUUUAUUAUUUUUCUUUUUACCUCAUGUUUCGUUUAAACUUUUCUCUUUUUUCUGUGGAUUUAAAGUUGAACAAAACCACAAACUGUUUUAUUUACGUCUUUGUACUUUUCCCUGGAGCUCGUUGGUGUGAACGUCGCCCCCUGUGGGUCAAAGUCCAGCAGCGUUUCAACAGUAAAUAAAUAAAUAUCUUUGUUUUUUGACAUUUUGGUCCAAAUGUUUUUUUAACGAUAAUUAAAGCAAAAUAAACCAAAUAAACAAGUGUGUUUCAAAUGAGGUUAAUUAGGCCCUGUGACCUCCCUGUGACCUCCCUGUGACCUCCCUGUGACCUCUGUGUUGAUUGGCUGACACGUUUCUGCAGUGUCAUCUCUCUUCAUCUCUCUUCUUCCUCUCUCUUCUUCCUCUCUCUUCCUCUCUCUUCUUCAUCUCUCUCUUCCUCUCUCUCUUCAUCUCUCUCUUCGUCUCUCUUCUUCAUCUCUCUCUUCAUCUCUCUCUUCCUCUCUCUUCUUCCUCUCUCUUCCUCUCUCUUCUUCAUCUCUCUCUUCCUCUCUCUCUUCCUCUCUCUUCCUCUCUCUUCUUCCUCUCUCUCUUCUUCCUCUCUUCCUCUCUCUUCCUCUCUCUUCUUCAUCGCUCUCUUCCUCUCUCUUCUUCCUCUCUCUUUUCUUCCUCUCUUCCUCUCUCUUCCUCUCUCUUCUUCAUCUCUCUCUUCCUCUCUCUUCUUCAUCACCGAGGGACGCUCUCUCCUGAGUCUGUUCUGUUAUUUAUCUGUCGUUUUUAUAAAGUCUCUGUUUCUCUGUUUUUGUAUCUACUGAAUCUGAAUAAACUUCUUUCCUGUUGUUUG